AUGUUUCAAUGGAUUUUUGGGAAAAGAUUAACUCCCCAAGAGCAAAUGAGGAGGAAUCAGCGUCAGUUGGAGAAAACGCAAAGAGAAUUGGAGCGUGAGAAAAUGAAAUUACAACAACAAGAGAAACAGCUUAUACGGGAUAUCAAGAAAAACGCCAAGGUUGGUCAGGUAGCAACCGUGAAGGUUCAGGCCAAGGAUUUGAUACGUACAAGGAAGCAGAUGGUGAAGUUUGAUAGAAUGAAGACACAAAUACAGGCUAUUUCGUUGAGGUUACAGACGAUGAGGUCUUCUACACAGAUGACCACUUCUAUGAAAAGUGCUACAAGGAUAUUGAGCGGUUUAAAUGGAAACCUCAAUCUGAAUCAGUUGGGUAGAAUCACCCAGGAAUUCCAGAAGUCGAUGGAUGUCAUGGACCAAAAGCAGGAAAUGGUGGAUGAUGUCAUGGAUGACAUGAUGGAUGACGAAUUAGAAGAAGAUGAUGAAGAAGAAGUUGACGAGGUGGUGAACCAAGUCUUGGAUGAAGUGGGUGUUGGGUUGCACGAUAAAUUAGGAGAAUCAGCCGUUCCUGAAGGGGGCAUCGAGUCAAAGAGUACUGAAGCUAUUCAAAAUAAACCCCAACUUGUUGGGGCCGAUGGUGGCAGUGCAGAUGAUGAUCUUCAGGCUAGGCUAGAUAGCUUGAAGAGAUGA